CAUCAGUUGCUCUGGUGUGAUUCCUCUCUUAGCUAAAACAGUGAGAAGCCUACCUAGGAUGUGUGUUGUAUAAAUGUGUGAGGCUCUAUGUUGAUUUGUGGGUGUCUGUGUGGCUCAGGUGCACACACUAGAGGCAGCCAACGCGCAUCUUGAGCUACAGAUCAAGGAACAUCUGGAGAGUAGCUCCCUUGGUGACUGUAAAGACAUGGGUGGACACUUGGGGAUGACCGAUAACCUUCAGAUCCAGGUAGGCCUACUUGGGGACCUAUCACUGAACACCUUACCCAGUUCACCUUCUCCACAUUUUCAAUCUCCUCCUAAGCCUAAUCUUGUGACCAGGCUCAUUCUCCAGUUCCUUUGUGACCAGUGACCUCUGAUUUAGAAGUGGGAUCCUAUCCCAUCCUUUCAGCAAACAGUAGUGGGAAGGAAGGAAGGAAUGCAAAUAGGCAAAGGAAGGAACCCAAUGGGCACAAACGUCAAUUCAACAUCUAAUUCCACGUUGGUUCAAUGUAAUUUCAUUGAAAUGACGCUGAUUCAACCAGUGUGUGCCCAGUGGGAAGGACGGUGUCACAGAGUUGUGGGAUAAAGCCAACAUCUCACGUGGUAAAACAUUUAAAAAGACAAAGGACUUGGCAUAGUCCUUUUAUGUCAGGUUUUGACUUGAGUGCAUGUGCUCUUAAAUUAAAAUGUCAGAUUACUCAUUUCAUUGGAACAGUUUAACUGCGUCACUGAUUUGCAAUGACAAAGAUUGAUAGUAAACAUGUUCAUGAAAGGUAUUAUCUUCUGCCUAUCUGUGUUUACUCCCAUAGAUUUCUGACUGGUACACAAUCCAUGCCCAACUCAGGCUGCAGGUCGUCAAUGCUCAAAUGGAAGUCUAUGACUAUAAAUACAAGUUAGUUUGUUUAUAGUAAAUGUGUAUGUGUGUGGAUCCACUGUGUCCUGAAAGUCCACCAUGAAGUAUUGCGCAAACAAGGGCAUGAAUUUUGGGUACAAGUCAAUUGCAUUAUUUUUCUUGCUCAUGUAAUCUUUGAAUGGUCACACGUGUAUGGACAAGAAUGAAAUUCACACAAACACACUGAGGCACCUGCAGAGUGUUCAGCAUGAGUUCAUCUAUAGGAAAGGAGAUCUGCACAUCCAACUGGAUGGAAACCUAGAGGAAAUGGAACUCCUCAAGAACAACCAAGAGGAGGUGGGGUCCUUAUACUGUUUCAAUGACAUUUUAUAUAUUGUAUGGUUCCAUAGGUCUAGUACCAUUACAGCACAUACUGGUUGCAUUGCUUUUCUAUUGUCAAUGUUGUUUGAGAGUUUUUGGAAACAACAAUGACGUCCACGUUUGUAAUUCCUGUGUCUGUAUAGGAAGUGCAGGAAGUGAUGGCCCAGAUGUCUGGGUUGGAUGGACUGUGCUCACUCAGUGGACCUGAAUGAUAAACUGAGUCGCCUAAGGGAGCAGUGUGCGGCGAUGGUCCUGAAGAACAAAACAGAGGCUGAGAGAUGGUUUCAGAGCAAGUGGACAGUAUGAAGACCCAAGUGACCAUCUGUUCCAAUGGGUCCGAGGUCAGGUAGACAGAGAUAGAUGACCUAAUGAGAAUUGUCCAGAACCUAACUCUGGAGUUGCAGCUACUGGAGACCCAGAAUCUGUCAAUGGAGAGGGACGAGAUGGAAGUGAACGAGAAAUACAGUGUUCACCUCAAUCGGCUUCAGCAGCACUUAGACAGCCUGGAGGAGGAGGAGCUGCUGCAGCUAUGUACAGCCACAGAGCAGCAGGCGGUCCCAGUACCAGAUGCUACUGGACAUCAAUAUCAGGCUGGAGCGGGUGAUUUCUGAGUACAGGAGGCUUCUGGAUGGAAGGGGAGCCAGGAAAUCAAGCGCUAGUGUCACGUCUCACUGUGCAAUGAGCAAUGGAACUACCUUCCAACACAUCUUCAUGCCAAUUCAGAGUUCCUCCAUUAGUGUACCAAGAGCAAGUGUGCCAAGUAUUAGUGAGACCUCAAGAGAGACCUCAAGCAGUUUGGAAAAUGGAGGACAAGUGGUAGGUGCAGCCAUUGGGGGCACAGGUUAUCCGUGUGCAGAAAGUAUCUCUGUACAACGCCUUUGAUAAAAGAGAAGAGUACAGUGUACACAAACUACUAAUCAGGUUAGCACUGUGAAAGAAGACCAAAGCAAGAGUUUAGAAAGUGGGCACCAAGUUGAAUAUUCAGAGAGUUGCGCCAACACCAGCUCUGCACAACAUGGAGCUAGCGCUAACACCAGCUCUGCACAACAUGGAGCUAGCGCUAACACCAGCUCUGCACAACACGGAGCUAGCGCUAACACCAGCUCUGCACAACAUGGAGCUAGCGCUAACACCAGCUCUGCACAACAUGGAGCUCACGUUGUGAGCAGCGUUGAGGGUAAAACCACCACUGUCAGUAGAGUCAGACCACUUGAUAAAAUCAGUGUGAUUAUUUCAACAGCUCAGAUUAGCGAAGAUGCAUCUCAGAUGAAAGACACAGAAGUUGUUCAGAUCACUAGUAGCGAUGUUGAUGUUACCAAUGUUAACUGUGGAGGACCGACUGUUAGGAAGGUGAAUUAAGAAGAGAUAAGCAUUUGCCAAUGACACAGUACAAGUAGCAGUGAGGAGGCCGAGGUGGUAGUUACUAAUAGCAUAGUAAGCGAGGCUAAGGAAACUGUGAUCCAGGUGAAGAAAGUGGAAGGUCCAGUUCCAAUCAGCAGUGCAGAACAUGGGGGUCUGAUCACCAAUGAUCACUUGCAGCGCUGCAAGUGACAAUACGAUCAGCAGUGCCACAGGUGUAGCGGUAAAAGUGCCAGCUAGCACAGUGGAGAGUGCAGCGGAGAUCACCAGUGAUGUCAGAAGUGGAAGCAUGAUAAAUACUGGAGGAAUGACUAGUGUAGGAAGUGGUGGUGUGAUCAGCAGGACAGGAAGUGGGCACAUGAUAACUAGUGCAGGAAGUGGACACAUGAUAACUAGUGCAGGAAGUGGAGUUAGACCAAGUAGCACAGGAAGUGGAGAAUGGAUGGUUUAUGGUAGAAGUACAAGAAGACUCAGUGGUCCAGGUAGCGGAAGCAGACUCAGUGGUCCAGGUAGCGGAGUCAGACUCAGUGGUCCAGGUAGUGGAGGCAGACUCAGUGGUCCAGAUAGUGGAGGCAGACUCAGUGGUCCAGAUAGUGGAGGCAGACUCAGUGGUCCAGAUAGUGGAGGCAGACUCAGUGGUCCAGAUAGUGGAGGCAGACUCAGUGGUCCAGAUAGUAGAGGCAGACUCAGUGGUCCAGAUAGUGGAGGCAGACUCAGUGGUCCAGAUAGUGGAGGCAGACUCAGUGGUCCAGAUAGUGGAGGCAGACUCAGUGGUCCAGAUAGUGGAGGCAGACUCAGUGGUCCAGAUAGUGGAGGCAGACUCAGUGGUCCAGGUAGCGGAGGCAGACUCAGUGGUCCAGGUAGCGGAGGCAGACUCAGUGGUCCAGGUAGCGGAGACAGACUCAGUGGUCCAGGUAGUGGAGGCAGACUCAGUGGUCCAGGUAGUGGAGGCAGACUCAGUGGUCCAGAUAGUGGAGGCAGACUCAGUGGUCCAGGUAGCGGAGACAGACUCAGUGGUCCAGAUAGUGGAGGCAGACUCAGUGGUCCAGGUAGCGGAGACAGACUCAGUGGUCCAGGUAGCGGAGACAGACUCAGUGGUCCAGGUAGCGGAGACAGACUCAGUGGUCCAGGUAGCGGAGACAGACUCAGUGGUCCAGGUAGUGGAGGCAGACUCAGUGGUCCAGGUAGCGGAGACAGACUCAGUGGUCCAGGUAGCGGAGACAGACUCAGUGGUCCAGGUAGCGGAGACAGACUCAGUGGUCCAGGUAGCGGAGACAGACUCAGUGGUCCAGGUAGCGGAGACAGACUCAGUGGUCCAGGUAGCGGAGACAGACUCAGUGGUCCAGAUAAGUGGUAACAGCGGUGGAGAUGAAAUUAAAUGUAAUAGUAUCGGCAAUGGAGUCUGGACCCAUGUCAAUUCCGAAAGUGUCUCUCAGUUUAACAGAAAAGCGAGCAAUGAGAGGACUGGUAGACUUAGCAGUGCAGGAAGUGGAGAAUGUAAGGUUUAUAGUGGAAAUAAUGGACAGAUCAGUAAGGCAGGAAGUGGGGGAAUAAUCAGCAGUGCUGGAAAUGGAGGUCAACUAAGUAGUAGAAGCACAGGAAGUGGCGGUAGACUAAGUAGUGCGGGUAGUGGACAUAUGAUCUGCAGUGCUGCAGGAAGUAGAGGUAGACUGAGUAGCAGUAGCACAGGAAGUGGAGGUAGUGGACAUAUGAUCAGUAGUGCAGGUACUAGUGGACAGAGAAUUAGUAGUACAGAGGGUGGUGUCAGGGUCAGCAGUGGGGGUAGUCGAGUGAUUACCAGCAGUGGUGGUCCAGCCAGCAGCCCCAGCAGAGUGACCAUCAGGAACACAGGAAGCGGAGGAAGUGGAGGCAGAGAGCAGAUCAGCGUCUGUAAAAUGGCCGCCUUCUCCAUAUCAGCUGCCGUGAAAGAAAAAUAAAAGGCCCGGGAGGUCUGUCGGGAAUCCUACACAAAACAGGUGUCAGGUGAGAACCGCAUUCCAUCAUACGAGCAUUAAUACCUUUAAAUGACCAGUAUCACAAUGCACCGUCAUGCUAGAAAACAUGUUUUCACUGGAUCUCAGCCUUUCAUCAUUGCUGUGAGUAAGAAAUGCACAGAGGUUUCUGUUUGAACAGUAAUCUAUAAAGUUCUGAAAUAUACUCUGAAAUCAUUAUAGGGUUUUUAAUUUUUUUAUUUUUAUUAUACCUUUAUUUAACCAGGUAAGUUAGUUAAGAACAUAUUCUUAUUUUCAAUGACGGCCUGGAAACAGUGGGUUAACUGCCUGUUCAGGGGCAGAAUGACAGAUUUGUACUUUGUCAGCUCGGGGGUUUGAACUCGCAACCUUCCGGUUACUAGUCCAACACUCUAACCACUAGGCUACGCUGCCGCAGGGGUGAUGGAAUUUGUUCUACGCCAAACAAUUUUAUCUUAUUGGAUUCAGUUUCCUUGUAAAGCGCUUACACUUACAUUUAUCCAGAAGAUGGCAGUACAUGCAUUUAGGUCAGAUUUAGAUCAGUUGGGGAGCGAGUCAGCUAGUCUUCUCAUUUGACACAUUUAUGCAAGUUACUAUAACUUUUAGAUUAUAUUUUAGUCGUUUGAAAUCAAUGUAUCAAAGCUUAGAUAAAGAUUCUGAUGACUUAUUACCUGAUAUUGUUUUUAAUUAUGAAAUCUUUUUGCUUCAAUUACUUCACACUUGUUCUGAAAUAUUAUUCUCAUCUUAUUUCAUUUUAUUGUGCUACAUUUCAAAUGUAUAUUAGAAAGUGUGCUUAUAAUAAAGUGUUACUUUCU